AUGUCACUUGACUUUGACAGUGGAGCUCUACAAACUCAACAUGAGGAUGAAGACUAUGACCAAGAGGAUUAUGCAAGAGAACAAGAGUUGCAGCAACUGUUGACAGACCUUCCCCAUGAUAUGCUGGAGGACAGUGGAGACCAGCUCUCCAGCUAUUCAGACUGUAGCAUUCAUGAGACUGAGGAGCAAUCACAUGACCCUGGGAAUCAUGAUGGAAGGUGGAGUGAUCAUCCAUUGAUAAGCGGUUCUCAAAAUGAUUAUGAACAAGGACAAAAUCUGUACCCUGAACAAUUUUUGUGUAACCAGCAAAACGAUCAUGUUGAAAACCAUGCAAAGAAUUGGAAUGGUCUACAUAAAGAUGAAGAGAAGACACAUUUAUAUGAUGUUAAAGAUUACUGUGGUCAGAAUGGUCAGGAGGAUCCUGAUGAUGCGUAUCUUGGUAGAGAUGGGUUUAAUACACCAAGUUGUUACCAACAGAACAACGUCUAUCAUCUUCCUGAAGACUUCAGGCCAUAUACAAAUAGCCAUAAACCAGAAUUUAACAGUCAACAAAGUAAAAUAAUAAAUUUUCCAGAUGCUCCGAAGGAACAUCUUAAGCAGUUUGUUACAUCUGAUGUUGUCAGUGGCCAGUCACCUGAAUCUUACAAAGUGACUUAUAAACCAUACCAAAAUGGCAUUCAUCAAAAAAUUCCAGUAGUCCAAGAAGGACCCAGAAGAAAUGAGAUGUUUGAAGAUUUGCAAGAUGAAUUCUUGGGCAAUGGUGAAAAUUCUUCAGAAAAUAUGCAGAUUCUUCAACUUCAAGUUCUAAAUAAAGCAAGAGAAAGACAACUGGAAGAGCUUAAUGAAAAGUUAGAAAAGAGUGCACAGCAGAUUAGGUAUUUAGAUCAUCAGCUUUCAAUGGUCAGAGAUGAGAAGGAUGGCUUGGCUGUUAGCCUUCGUGAGUCUCAAAAACUCUAUCAGAAUGGAAAGGAACGGGAAGCUCAUCUUGAAGGUCAAAUAAAGGCCCUUGAAACUCAAAUUCAGACUCUUACUACCAAUGAGGAACAGAUACUGAAGCAAUCCAAAGUUGCAGAGGUAGCCAUGGAAAGCAUGCAGAAGCAGCUGUUGGAACUUCAGCGAUCAGAUGCUCUUCAGCGAGCCAGAGAACAGCAUGAGACAGUUAUUUCUGCACUCAAGCAGAAGUAUGAAAAGCAAGUAUUAUCAUUAGAGCAGAACCUUGAUACUACAAAGUCUGCACUCCGUGAGCAGAAAGAGCUUUGCAAAAAUCUAGGAGAGCAUGUUAAGCAACUUGAAAAAACGCUGGAAGAAACCAAAUGUGAAAAAACUGAAAUAAUAAAUAGACUGACAAGAAGCCUAGAAGAAAGCCAAAAGCAAUGUGCAAACUUACUGCAAACAGGCUCAAUGCAGGAGAUGAAUCAGUUACGGUUUCAAUUGCAACAAGCUCAGUCUGCACACAUGAUAAGCAGUAACAUGAACAAGGCUUUGCAGGAAGAAUUAGCAGAACUGAAGGAAGAAAUAGCUUCAUAUGAAUCUGCUGCCAAACUUGGAGUAUUUUUGAAUGAUGCAAGCGAAGAGCUCCAUAUGAACCUAAGUGAUUCCUAUGUAGAUUUAGGAAUUAAAAAAGUCACUGGGAAGAAACCAAGGCUCUGCAGUGCAAUACAGAACAGAGGCAUGGAUAAAGAGCUGUCCAAAGAUGAAAUUAUUGCAGAAUUAAAAGCUGAGCUGGAACGUUUAUUGAGCAGUAAUAAAAUGAAGAGAAACCAGAUUACUCAGUUACAAACUGAUCUUAAAGAUUGUCAGAAGACAUCAGAAGAAUACAAGCAGUUGCUGAAAGCAGAAAAAGCAUCAAAAGAGUCAGAGCCUGUCACAAAUCUGAAUGAUCAGUCAGUGGCCACUUCUUCAGUUUCUGAUAAUCUUAGGGAAGAAGUUCUGAAACUUAAAAAGGCUAAUGAAAAUUUGCUGCAAGAAGUUGAGAGCCAUGCUUCAACUAUUGAAGAACUGAAAGCAAAUGAGGAAAAACUGAAAAGCUUAAAUCAAGAUCUCUGUUGUCAGAUGAGAAAGAUGGUUGAGGAUUUUGAUCAGGAUAAACAAGAAGCAAUUGACAGGUGUGAAAGAACUUAUCAGCAGCAUCAUGAGGAUACAAAAGCACAUUUUGAGAAAGACCUGCUGGAGAGGUGUGCUGCCGAAAAGCAGCAGCUUAUUCAAACUUAUGAAGAGACCAUCUUACAGUUGAAGGCUAAUAUAGAAGAGCUGAACAGAGAGAUGACUGCAGUAAAAGAAUGUUACAUUGGAGUCUGUGGGGAGAAGGACACCUUGGAAGCUACCUUAAGGCAGAAAUUUGAGCAAGAGCAGCAGCUGAAGGAAGAGAAGCUCAGGAAGCAGCUACUAGAAGAAAAAGAACGUUCUCUUAACCUUUUGAGGACUGAGCUUGAAGAGAAACACAGCAGUUCUAUGAUAGCUAUGAAGAGGCAGUGGCUGGAAGAAAAAGAACAGCAAAUUGCAAAGGAAAUUGCGUUAGCUAAAGUUCACUGGGAGAAGGAAGAAAAAGAGAAUAAAGAACAAGUCUUUGCAAAAAUAGAAAAAGAGUGGCAAAGUAGGCUGGAAGAAGUGCGAAGAACUGUAGUUGAGUGUAAUGACUGCAGCAGCCAAACUGACCAAGUCACAAUUGUGGACGAAGAUUCAAGUAAAGAGUUAGAAGAGAUUGUUGAAGACCAAAGGCUGCAGACCCAGAAGUCUCUGAAAGGAAAUAUGGCCUCUGAAGAGGCCUUAAAAGAAUUUAAAAUAGAACUGGAAAAUAAAUACCAUAGAAAUCUUGCCAGACAGGUAGAUGCAGCUUUAACCCAAGCUCAUGCCAAGUGGCUGCAAGAAUUAACAGACCUCAAAGAGUACAAAAUAAAUCUAAAGGCAGAACAAGAAAAAUGGGAGAAAGAACAUAAAGAGACUGCAGCAAAGCAGCUAGCUCUAGUUCUCUCAGCUGCUGAAGAGAAGUGGAAGAAGGAGUAUGAGAAUACAGAGAAAUCUGGACCAAAAGUGAAAGAACUUGAAGAAAAGGUAAUUUCUCUCAAGAAGGAGUUGGAGCUAAAGAAAGAAGAAAUCCCUGCAGCUAUUAAAGCAGAACUAGCAAGAGCCCGUGCUCAGUGGAACAAAGAAAAGCAAGAAGAAAUCCUGCAGAUACAAGAGCAAAAUGAAAGAGACUACCGGUUGUUCUUGGAUGAUCAUCGAAACAGAAUUAAAGAGGUGCUUGCAACAGCAAAGGAGGAUCUUGCAAAGCAGAGGAAUGAGCUCUCCAUUCAGAAAGAGGCAGAAAUAAAGAUGUUACUAGACCAAAAGCAGCAGGAGUGGGAGGCACAUGAAGCAAAGAGACUGCAGGAUGAAAUUAACCGGUAUGAGGAGAAGACUUUGCUUGAGCUUGAGUACUUGUUGAGUGAAAUCCACGAAGAACUAGUCAAGUGCACACAUAAUAAGCAUUCUUGGAAGGAUAAGUGUUUUGACACUCAUGUUCAAUUAAACAGUCAAUGCAAGGACAAACUGAAGACUUGCUUACAAAAGGCCUAUAGGACCACAGUGUACACAAUUCUGGAAAAGAAAGAGCAAGAAUGGAAAGAGAAAUAUGAAGAGCUACUGAGUAAUGUAAAUAAAGAAUCAUGCUCUUGCCUGCAAUGUGGUGAAGGAGAAACUGGGAAUGUGGCAAGACCUCCUGUGUACAAUGUUGGGCACCAAGCAGAAGCACGAAGGAGGCUGAGGAGACAGCCACCCUUGCAGGAAACUGGAACAGACAAAGAAAACGAGAAGGUUCUAGAAACUCUAAUUGCAGAAAACGCUGAGAUGAAGACUAAACUGAAAGACCUAGGAACACCACUGAGGUCACUGUCAAAGGGAGGUCUCUCAAAACCUUGUAUGUCCUGUGAUGCUGCGAAAGGCCUGGAAGAAAUGCGUGCUCAGUACAUUAAAGCUGUGAACAAGAUUAAGUGUGAUAUGCUUUGUUAUAUCCGUGAAAGUAAGGAGCGAGCUGCUGAAAUGAUUAAAGUGGAGGUUUUAAGAGAGCGCCAAGAAACAGCACGGAAAAUGCGCAAGUACUAUUUGACAUGUCUUCAACAACUGCUUACUGAUAAUGGGAAGCAAGAAGGAGCUGAAAAGAAAAUAAUGAAUGCUGCCAGUAAGCUUGCUACAAUGGCUAAAGGACUUGAAACACCUCUUCGACAUGUUCCCCAAACCAAAUCUUGCUCAGCUCUGCUCUUCAAUUCUGAUCUACUGCCUGGAGUUGCAUACUCAAAAAGAGAUCACGUGCCUCAGACUAGGUCAAACCAUAUGGAAAGCAAAUCAUGUGGUGAAAGCAUUACCAAAAAAGCUGAUGAUAAAGGUGUAGCAUGUGACUUGAGACAGCAGUUUGAUGCAGUGCGAGCUGAAACUCGACACACGCUUCAUGAAAAAGCUACUUCAGAUAUUCAGAACAGGAAUAAUUCUAAGAAUCUGGGUGAUGCUUCAGGAGAUGCUCUGCCAGAGUUUUAUCCAAAUGAAGGUGGAAGAAGAGAAAAACAUACCCCCAUUGUAACUGCAGACAAAGGACUCCUGCAUGCUGCUAGUAGUAUGGCACUUCAGAAUGCUUCACCGUCUGCUUUUCAAAUAGCAUUAGAAAAUAUGCAUGCACCCAGGUGUACAAAUGGCUGUGCCAUCUCUGGGACAACUAAUCAUCUGCUUAAGAUCAAGAAUGAAAGAAUGGUCUUAAAAGAGGAUAAGUGUAUCCAGUCAUGUGGGAAACAGAAAACUAAAUCUAAAAUAACUCAGGAAUCUGAUUUUAAAAAAGCUCCAGAAAGAGAUGAUGGAAGCUGCAUUGAAUGGAAUUCUGUGAAUGGAAGCCACCAUGUGGUUCAUAGUGACAUGCCCCUUUCAUAUUCUGAACAGAAAGGCAGUGGUGAUGUGCAAGCACAGGCUGCACGCUGUGAAGAAUUUCUUCACGUCAGGUUGUUUUCCCCUGCAGAUGAAAAUGUGGGUUCUUGGAGAGGUACUUCCAAUGGCACAAAUCUCAGCACAAAAAGCAGCACUCAAGCUUGUAGUAGAGGCCACCUGACAAACCCAGAGCAUGCUUCAUUCCUCAACUCUGACAAAUCAAAUCCUGCUGUCGCACAACUGAAUGUAUCACCAGAUUCAAAUGUGGGAAAAUGCUGCAACAAAUGCUUGGAAAAGAAUGGUUUUGGAAGCCCACUUUCUAACUUGAACCAAGAACAUCAAUCCCUUAUUUGA